CUCUUUUCGCGUCGCCAUGGAAAGGGUUCUGAGGCCCGCUUGUCUGCUGCUGCCUGGGCUCCGCGAGCAAGGGAUUUCUCCGCUGGAAAAAACCCAGGAGUAGGAGGGGUGAAAGAGGACUCACAGGGGAGGAUAGGGGACAGUGGGCGGGGAAUAGCGGGAGCAGAAAGAAUCAGAGAGCGAGAGAGAGCGAAGGGAGGAAGGCGAGAGGGAAAGGAGAAAGGCAUCCUCGUCCUCACUGAUGCUGAGUCACAUAACGGGAUCCCAGAGCUGUACCCCGAGAGUCUUUGGGAAUAAUGGAGGAGUUGGAGCACACCUGCCCCCAUCCUCGGACGACUCUGACAGAGCCCGCCAUAUUUGCCAAGGAGACCAGCUGUGACUGCAGAGCCCCCCAUGAGCGUCUCACCAUCAAGCAGGCCUGCAGAGGAACCCCUGUGGACCGGCCGGUCAGGGUGUACGCCGAUGGCAUCUUCGAUCUGUUCCACUCGGGUCAUGCCCGCGCUCUCAUGCAGGCCAAGAACCUCUUCCCCAACACGUACCUGAUCGUAGGGGUGUGCAGCGACGAGCUCACGCACAAGUACAAGGGCUUCACGGUGAUGGACGAGUCGGAGCGCUACGAGGCACUACGGCACUGCCGCUACGUCGACGAGGUGGUGAGAGACGCGCCCUGGACCCUCAGCCACGACUUCCUCCACAAACACAAGAUUGACUUCGUGGCCCACGACGACAUCCCCUACUCCUCAGCCGGCAGUGAGGACGUCUAUAAACAUAUCAAGGAGGCGGGCAUGUUCGUGCCCACCCAACGCACAGAGGGCAUCUCGACCUCUGACCUCAUCACCCGCAUCGUAAGGGACUACGACGUCUACGCCCGACGCAACCUCCAGCGUGGCUACACCGCCAAAGAGCUCAACGUCAGCUACAUCAACGAGAAGAAGUACCGGCUGCAGAAUCAGGUGGACCGCAUGAAGGAGAAGGUGCGCACCGUGGAGGAGAAGAGCAAGCACUUCGUGUACCGCGUGGAGGAGAAGAGCCACGACCUCAUCCAGAAGUGGGAGGAGAAGUCCCGCGAAUUCAUCGGUAACUUCCUAGAGCUCUUCGGGCCCGACGGGACAUGGAAACAGGUGUUCCAGGAGCGGAGUGGUCGCAUGAUCUCCUACGCCCUGUCGCCGCGCGGCUCGCCCUGCAGCAGCCCCCCGCGGGAACACUCGCCCCUGCGCUCCCCGUCGCCGCCGUCCCCCUCGGCCCGCUGGCACAGCGCCCGCCCCUCCCCGCCGCCCUCCCCGAAGGGGGCGUCGGCCUCCAUCAGUAGCAUGAGCGAAGGGGACGAGGAUGAGAAGUAGGCACCGCCCCCUGACCCCCCCCCCCACCCCACCCCACAAACACAUUGACACGCGUAACACACGCCCACUCACCAUACACUGCCCCCCCUCCCCCCACACCCAAAGACUUCUCUUUUACACACACACACACACACACACACACACACACACACACACACACACACACACUUAAAUCCUCACUCACACACACACACACACACAUUGGAAACAAUGUAUUGUUGCUGAGGCCUGUUGGCCAGCAGGCAUUGUGGGAAAUGCACUUCUGUCCUGCAGGUGGAGAGGGACAACCUCAAAGAAGCCAUCUCAGCCUCUGUUGCCGGGGGCGACGGAGCGGACCAAUAGCCAAGGGAGUGGAGGAGGAGGGAGGGGGGGGGGGCAGGGGGAGGAGUUAGAAUCGAUCAAACCAGUUUAUUAGCUUAGGCAUCCAGGAGUUAUAUGCGGUCUAGAAUGUCUCGACUCCGGCUGUGGGCUGCUUUGAAUGGGGGGUUGGCGUCACCUGCCGGAAGCAGCCUGCUCAUCACAGAAAAAACACUCAUCUCUUUUCUGUCCCUCGUACGUUUGGGUCAGCUAUUGUUCAACCUUCAAUUGAAUAUGGAGGCGUUUUAUUUUGGUUACCUGCCACUGACUGUGAUAGAGCCAGACAUGGUGGUGGUGAGUACACACAAACCAUCAUUAUGGAUGUGAUACACGUUGUGCAGCAAGCAAUACUCACGCACAUGUCGUGCUCCGUUCUCGAGAAUGUCACAUUGUUUGUGUAUGUUACGCCUCGUCAUAAAACACUGCCCCCUACAGCAGCCGAGGGCUCCCUGUACCCCCCUCCACUCACCUCCAUUCAUUUGGAAUGGCUCAGCAUUGAAAACAAUGUUAACAGGUACACAACCAAGGGUUCCUGAUCUCCAGUUGGACAGUAGCGGUACAUUGUAUGGAUUUAACCACUUUUCCAGCCCCCCCAUCCCCCUAAGUUUUGAUAGAAUGCUAAAUUUCAAAUAUCUCUCCAAUAGGAGGAAAGUGUAAAUAUUAUUAUUAGUGCCUAAACCCGCACGGCUCUAGUGUGAAACAAUAAAAAGCUUAUAAAUGUUCAAACUGUUAAUAAUCGUGAGCUUGUGUGUAGUAACAGGGUGUAGGAGGGAUCUGAUCACAGGCCUGCAGGAGCCUCACGGAACAAAAGAACGAAAGUAGACGUGACCUCAUUUAGUAUUCAGACGCCAGAGCCCCACCCAUAGCGCUCAUACGCUCACGUUCAAAUCAAUAAAAGGAAAUAAACUGAUUGAAUAUCGGUUGGUCACAUAAGGUAUCAAUGGCCUUGAGCCAAACUUCCAUAAAUUGCCAGUAUUUUUCAAUGAUUUAAUCAGAAGCCUGUUCCUGUUUUAAACGUGUCCCUCACCUGCUUAUCCAGUUUCUCCCAAAACAUUCCCAACAAGAGAAGGCAACACAGACAUUGCUCUGAUUCUAAAACCGUACAACGGACUACACUUGAAGUACAUUAGAUGAGCUUUACGUUAGAUAACUCAAAAACUAAACGUCACACAUCACUGUACUUCCUACUUUGUAUUCUUCCUUUUUUUUAAGCAUUAUUUAAAUGUAAUUUAAGCAUUUCCUCCUGGUCUGUUCAGUGGCCGAUGGUCGACCAGCCAUCCCUCCUCUUCGCUCGCUGCCCCUACUGGACAAACCCUGUACUGGCCUGUGUGCUUGUCUGUGCCCCCGCUGUACUGUAUGUGCUCCAAUACAGUGGACAUAUAUUUCCUUUUUUGGAAUGUGUGUGUUUCGUUUUUCUCUUUUUUAGAUAUACAAUUUCAGGCGGCUAUAUGUGAAUACAAUAAAAAAAUGAAUACCCGAA